UUCCAUUGACAAACGUCUGAAAUUCAUAUAUUUCAGGUGUGUUUUGCAUCUUUUUUCCUAAAAAGGUCUUAAACAUGGCUUACUAUUAUCACGAGUCACUGCCAACAGACGCGAGGAGGCGGUACAAUUUAAAAUUAUUGUGUAUUGGCUUGGAAAUUUGCCCUUGCAAACUUGCAGCUGUUAGCUGGAUGAACAAUUAAAAGGAAUGGCCUGCAGUGGAGUUCGGAAACAUCUACAACUACCUCAUAAAGUCACCCAUGUCCUCUCCUCUCGAGGCUUUCUCACAAGGUUUUGACCGAAGAAAAUGGACAUCCGCGUCGCCUGCAUCGUCCUCCUCAUGGCCGCCUUGGUCGCCGGCCACGGCAAGGGUUACGUUGUCAAGAAGGUGGUGAAGGCCGCCCCCCAGUACGAGCCUUACCACGUCAAGAGCCAGGUGGUGGCAGGUGAGCCUGGUAUUCCAGGUGAGCCUGGUCCCAUGGGCCCCCCUGGCCCCCCUGGCCCCGAAGGUAAGAGUGGUGUCGGCUACCCUGGACCCCACGGACCUCCCGGACCUCCCGGAGCUCCUGGUCGUUCCAUCACUGGCAAAUCUGGAACCCCCGGCGGACCUGGCAAACCCGGUAUUCCCGGAGCACCUGGUGAGAAAGGACACACCGGUGCCACCGGAGCCCAAGGACCCAGGGGCGCUCCCGGUUCUCCUGGAACCCCUGGACCUGCUGGCCUCUCCUCCACUGGCAAACCCGGACCUUCUGGUCUUCCUGGAGCAAUGGGCCCAAGAGGAGAGCCUGGUCUGAAAGGACAUCCCGGUGUCCCUGGCCUGCCAGGUCCCAAGGGUGAAAGAGGUAUCGGAAUCCAAGGACCCCAGGGUGCCACAGGCCCUAUGGGACCAAUGGGACCUACUGGAGCUCCAGGUCAGUCUGCAGUUGGCAAGCCAGGAAAGUCAGGUAUGCCCGGUGAGCCAGGAAAGUCAGGAAGCCCCGGUAGAGAUGGCGCCCCUGGCGCCAUGGGACCAAUGGGACCCAAGGGACACACUGGUGCCCCCGGUGUAGGUAUUGCUGGCAAACCCGGUGACAAUGGUGCCCCAGGUCUGCCUGGUGCAGUUGGACCAAAAGGCCACCAGGGACCCGCUGGCGCCCCAGGUGCCCCAGGAACCCCAGGAUACGGAAAGCCAGGUGCUAAUGGAGAGAAGGGAGAGAGAGGAUUUACUGGCAGCCCAGGUGCUACUGGUCCCAAGGGCGAGCAAGGUCCUACCGGAUACACCGGUGCCACUGGUGCCACUGGAGCUACUGGCCCUAUGGGCCCAGCAGGCGUGAGAGGUUUCCCAGGUGAGACUGGCGCUACCGGCCCCAAAGGUGACACCGGUGCCACUGGCGCUCCAGGCCCCAAGGGCAACAAGGGAGACGUAGGACCCCAGGGAUUCCAAGGCAAGCAGGGUUACCCUGGCCCAGCUGGUCCCGCUGGAGCAAGAGGAGCCACUGGAGCCACCGGUGAGAAGGGUCAUGGUGGUGCCCCUGGUAUCACAGGUGCCCCAGGUAUUCCCGGCCCUGCUGGACCCAAAGGUCUCCCCGGCCGUGCUGGAGAGCCUGGUGCUGUUGGUGCUACUGGAGCCACUGGUUCCCGUGGUCCUUCUGGACCUCAGGGUCCCGCUGGUGCUCCUGGCCACAAGGGACACCCAGGUCUCCCUGGAGCUCCCGGCCCCGCUGGCGUGACCGCUAAAGGCGUUCCCGGACCCCAGGGUCCCCCCGGACUGCCUGGUGAGAGUGGUGCCGAUGGAGAGCCCGGUCCCGUUGGUCCUCCCGGACCCCCAGGACCUCCCGGUGAGGUGGUCUUUGAGAAGGGCAUGGGAAUGGGAAUGACCGAGGUGAUGGUCAAGGCACCCAUGUCUGCUUUCACAGCAGCUCUGACCACGCCCUACCCAGCCUCUGGCAGCCCCAUCAAGUUCGACCACAUUGUGUACAACGCCGAGAGCCAUUAUGACCCCGAAUCCGGCAUCUUCACAUGCCAGGUCCCCGGAGUUUAUUACUUCUCCUACAGCAUCCAUGUCAAUGGCGCCCACGCCCUGGUGGCCCUCUACAAGAACGACCAGCCCGUCAUGUUCUCCUACGAUGAGUACAACAAGGGCUUCCUUGACCAGAUGUCUGGUAGCGCCGUGCUUCUGCUGAACGAGCAAGACACCGUGUACGUGCAGAUCCCUGAUGAGGAGGCCAACGGAGUCUUCGCUGCCGAGAACGUGCACUGCUCUUUCUCUGGCUUCCUGAUCGCCUCGACGUGAUAAGUCGGUCACCGAGACGCGAAAGCCAACAGCCAACCAACUAAAUGUGCUCUCUAUUGCUCCAAACAAGAGUCAACCCUUCUGUUGACUAUUGUAUUUGAGCAAUAGAAGCAUGUCGACUUGAAAACUUCAACAACAACUAGGUGCUUAGAAGAAGGAAAAAUCUUAAUUUAUGUUAACUGGAGAUCAGGGAUGGAGAAAGCAAAUCACCACAUGGCCCGCAGGAUGCUUUUUGAAAUGGUGACAGCAUGUGAACCUGAGGUUUUAGAUCUGUGUUGUGUUUUUUUUUUCACUCUUUUCUUUUCCACUCUUUUAUAAAGACUCUGACUGAUGAUUCUGACUUCCCAGUUUGUCUGUUUUUUUUCUUUAUUUUUUGUACAACCUCUAUUUUUUUGUUGUUGUUGUUUUUUUUUUUUUUUUUUUAAUAUUUCUUGCCCCAACACCCAGUAAUCUUAUUAAAAAAGAAAAAGAAAAGUACAUCAAUGCUUUCUGUUGUAACUGAUAUUUGUAUAUGACUUGAAUAUUGUGAAAUGGCAAAAUGGUCAAAUUGACCAUGAUGAAUACAAAUAAGUAACCGGAAUAUUGUCAUACAAGCAGUGCUCUCUGAGCUGCAAAUGCCAUUUUAUAUCCCUGAAAAUGCAUUAUGUCAUGUAAAGCAUUAUUGACACAAAUAAAAAGAUGUCUUAACAAUACCUUUCUGUCUCAGGCGAACUUUUUAAAACAAC